AUGGCUCUAUUCGAUGCAAGAAUAAUAGACCUUAUAUCCACCCCUGAACCAACUACUACUAUCGAACUACUUGCGCGGGUUCAAGCCUUGAUUCUUUACCAAGUCAUGCGACUAUUCGACGGUGACAUCCGCUCUCAAGCGACAGCAGGCGCCCUUUUCACAUCGCUCGAGUCUUCCGUCCUGACCCUUCUGAGCCACCUAAACCUUCCCCUCCCGUCAGAUUCCAUAGAACCAAUGCCGCUAUCCAUCGAUGCUGUCCACGGCUUUUGGGAUUCCUGGGUUCUCCAAGAAUCCGCCCGGAGGACCGUUCUGCUCGCGUUCUUCUUUAUGCAAAUAUACAAAGUGCUUCAGGGCACUUCUGGUCUGGUCUGCGAUGGCAAACUAGGCAUUCAGCAUUCUUGGUACCUAUCAUCCCACCUUUGGAGUGCUCAAAGUGCCUUUGAUUUCGCUGUGGCGUGGGCAGAAAAGCCACAUUAUGUCGUGGGCAAUUUGGACUUCUCCUGGGUUCUGACGAGUGCCCAGCCAGAGGAUCUGGACAUAUUUGGCAAAAUGCUGUUGGUUACUCUGUUGGGAAUUGAUACGACCAAGACGUGGUUUCACAGGAGAGGGGCUAUAUUCCCAUAA